GAAGUGGGAGGAGGAAAAAACUGAGUUGCAGUCUGUACUUGCAACAGAAACACGAAAGAGAAGCCCAGAGUGAUGGACUUUGGCCCUCGGUGACAACAGCCACGGAUGCUCCGUUUCCAGGGACAAGACACAGGGACACCAUGGGCAGCAAGGAGCGCUUCCAUUGGCAGAGCCACAACGUCAAGCAGAGUGGUGUGGACGACAUGGUGCUGCUGGCCAAGAUCUCCGAGGAAGCCAUCGUGGAGAACCUCAAGAAGCGCUUUAUGGAUGAUUACAUCUUUACCUACAUUGGACCAGUGCUCAUCUCUGUCAACCCCUUCAAGCAGAUGCCAUAUUUCACCGACCGGGAGAUCGAGCUGUACCAGGGGGCGGCUCAGUAUGAAAAUCCCCCCCACAUCUAUGCCCUGACGGACAACAUGUACCGAAACAUGCUGAUCGAUGGGGAGAACCAAUGUGUCAUCAUCAGUGGAGAAAGUGGUGCUGGGAAAACAGUGGCAGCCAAAUACAUCAUGGGCUACAUCUCCAAAGUGUCCGGGGGUGGUGAAAAAGUGCAGCACGUGAAGGACAUCAUCUUGCAGUCCAACCCACUGCUGGAAGCCUUUGGCAACGCCAAAACCGUCCGCAACAACAACUCCAGCCGCUUUGGGAAGUACUUUGAGAUCCAGUUCAGCCGGGGCGGAGAGCCAGACGGGGGGAAGAUCUCCAACUUCCUGCUGGAGAAGUCACGGGUGGUGAGCCAGAAUGAGCAUGAGAGGAACUUCCACGUCUACUACCAGCUCAUUGAAGGGGCAUCCCAAGAGCAGCGCCAGAACCUGGGCAUCAUGAGCCCCGAUUAUUACUACUACUUGAACCAGUCAGACACGUACCAGGUAGAGGGCACGGAUGAUCGCAGUGAUUUCCUUGAGACCAUGAACGCCAUGCAGGUCAUUGGCAUCCGGGGUGAGGACCAGCAGUUGGUGCUGCAGAUUGUUGCUGGGAUCCUACAUCUGGGGAAUAUCAGCUUUCGGGAGGAGGGCAACUAUGCCCGGGUGGAGAAUGCUGACUCUCUGGCCUUCCCUGCCUACCUGCUGGGCAUCGACCGUGACCGCCUCAACGACAAGAUCACCAGCCGCAAGAUGGACAGCAAGUGGGGCGGCCGCUCUGAGUCCAUCACUGUCACCCUCAACGUGGAGCAGGCAGCCUACACACGGGAUGCCCUGGCCAAGGGGCUCUACGCUCGUGUCUUCGACUUCCUUGUGGAGUCCAUCAAUAGGGCCAUGCAGAAACCCUAUGAGGAGUACAGCAUUGGAGUGCUGGACAUCUAUGGCUUUGAAAUAUUCCAGAAAAAUGGUUUUGAGCAGUUCUGCAUUAACUUUGUGAAUGAGAAGCUGCAGCAGAUCUUCAUAGAGCUCACCCUGAAGGCAGAGCAGGAGGAGUACGUGCAGGAGGGCAUCAAGUGGACCCAGAUCCAGUACUUCAACAACAAAGUGGUGUGCGACCUGAUAGAGAACAAACUGAACCCCCCUGGGAUCAUGAGCGUCCUGGAUGAUGUCUGUGCCACUAUGCACGCUACCGGCGAGGGUGCAGACCAGACCCUGCUGCAGAAGCUGCAGGCGGCCGUGGGGACCCACGAGCACUUCAACAGCUGGAACUCAGGCUUCGUCAUCCACCACUAUGCAGGCAAGGUCUCCUAUGAUGUGAACGGUUUCUGUGAGCGCAACCGGGACGUGCUCUUCACUGAUCUGAUCGAGCUGAUGCAGAGCAGCGAAUAUGCUUUCAUCCGGAUGCUUUUCCCAGAAAAGCUCGAUGCUGACAAAAAGGGCCGCCCAACCACUGCAGGCUCCAAAAUCAAGAAGCAGGCUAACGACCUGGUGAACACGUUAAUGAAGUGCACGCCACACUACAUCCGCUGCAUCAAGCCCAACGAGACCAAGAAACCACGGGACUGGGAGGAAAGCAGGGUGAAGCACCAAGUGGAGUACCUGGGACUGAAGGAGAACAUCCGUGUGCGCCGGGCAGGUUUUGCCUACCGCCGAAUUUUCCACAAAUUCCUGCAACGCUACGCCAUCCUCACCCCUGAGACGUGGCCAUCGUGGCGUGGGGAUGAGAGGCAAGGCGUGCAGCACUUGCUUCGCUCCGUCAACAUGGACCCGGACCAGUACCAGAUGGGUCGGAGCAAGGUGUUCGUCAAGAACCCCGAGUCGCUCUUCCUCCUGGAGGAGAUGAGGGAGAGGAAAUUUGACGGCUUCGCACGGGUGAUCCAGAAGGCCUGGCGUCGGCACAUCGCCAUCCGGAAGUACGAGCAGAUGCGGGAGGAGGCCUCCAACAUCCUCUACAACUUCAAAGAGCGGCGGAGGAACAGCAUCAACCGGAAUUUUGUGGGUGAUUACCUGGGCAUGGAGGAGCGGCCGGAGCUGAGGCAAUUCCUGGCCAAGAGGGAACGAAUCGACUUUGCCGACUCCAUCACGAAAUACGACCGCAGGUUCAAGCCCAUCAAGCGGGAUUUCAUCCUCACCCCCAAAUACUUCUACCUGAUCGGGAGGGAGAAGGUGAAGAAAGGCCCCGAGAAGGGGCAGAUCAAGGAGGUGCUCAAGAAGAAGGUGGAGAUUCAGGCAGUGAGCAGUGUCUCAUUAAGCACCCGGCAGGAUGAUUUCUUCAUCCUUCACGAGAAAGACACCGACAAUUUCUUGGAGUCCAUCUUCAAGACAGAGCUGGUCAGCCUGCUGUGCAAGCGCUACGAGGAGCUGACCCGCAGCAAGCUGCGCCUCAACUUCCAGGACACACUACAGUUUCGGGUGAAGAAGGAGGGUUGGGGCGGUGGUGGCACACGCACUGUCACCUUCACCAGAGGACAGGGUGAUGUGGCUGCCCUCAAAGCUGGAGGCAAAACGCUGACGGUCAGCAUCGCGGAUGGGCUGCCCCGGAACUCCAAGCCCACCAGGAAGGAGGUGAUGCAGAGCAAAGGUGGCGGCAGGCGGCCACCACCAUCCCGCAGUGCCCCCCCAGCACCCCAAGGUAACUACAGGAAUGGUGCUCCUCAGUUCCCACGUGGGGAUGGUCAGGCCAAGCGGGACACCUACACGCCAGCCCAGAAGCAGGCACGGGCACCCCCAGCCAACGCAUUGCCCCCCCAGAAUGCAAGCCGCCGGUCAAAGGCACGACCCCCAUCUGAGCAGAACAUGGAGUUCCUCAAUGUCCCUGACCAGGGGGUGGCUGGCAUGCAGCGGAGACGCAGUGUGGGUCAGCGGCCCCCCCCAGCCAGUCGCCCCAAGCCGCUGCCCAAAGCAGCCGUGCCGCGCUGCCGGGCACUUUAUCAGUACAUCGGACAGGACGUGGAUGAGCUCAGCUUCAACGUGGGAGAUGUCAUUGACAUCCUCCUGGAAGAUAUCUCAGGUUGGUGGAAGGGACGGCUGCACGGCAGGGAAGGGCUUUUCCCCGGGAAUUACGUGCAGAAGAUCUGAGCUGGGUGCUGAGGACACGGAGGCGUGUGCCACCCCGGGGUGCUGUCCCCAAUGCUGUUCCUGAUGAUGGCUCUCCUGCUCCAUCACCAGAUCCCAUCCCAUCCCUGAGCUGUGCCAUCGACAGCACCAAACUGUGCAGCAGAGCAGGGACUCUUUGCUGCUCGUUCACACGGAGUUGUGGAACUGUGGGAGUGAAAUUUGGGGCACAGUAGGAUUAUUUUUGGUAACUGUAGAGGUAAAGAUAUGGGCGGUAGCUUUGGGACUACAGCAUUGUUGCCACUUUGCAAACACAGCACAUCAGAGUCGGACUUCAAAUCUAAGCCUGGAGUUUGUGUUCCCGCUGACCUCACUGGGACCUAUGGCAAAGGAUCCACACAUGAGGACACAGGGGACACCCACUGGCUCAGCCCCAUUCCCUGCACAGCCCCUCCUGAUCACAGCGCAGAGCCCAACCCCAUCUCACGCUCCUGCACACCCCAGCACUGCAUGGAGCUAUGGGGUGGAAACCCUCAUGCUAUGGGGCUGGUCCCUGUGCAUUCUCAAUGCCCCCCGUGCUGCUGGGGACCACGGCAUGUCAGGGAUGCAGAGCCCUGUGCAGCCUCAGGGCCCUUCGUCCCCUCCCCGGAUGGAGGAAGUGACGCAGCCCUGUUGCAGCCUUCUGCCUCACAGCCCAGCCCUCCUCUUCCUCCCUCCCCCCACCAAGGGCUGACUCUGGGCCAAAUGUUGGGCUGGGAGGGUUGCCUUGAGCUCAAAGGAUCCUGUGGGGUUGGGGGUUGUGCAAGGCAAAAGACUGCUGGGAAAUGGAGUCCUCACGUGGCAAAUGGCAUUUAGG